AGAAGGAGGAAGAGAGCAGGAGGCAUCAGGACGUUAUGAGUCCAAAAUGCAAGACCACUAAAACUAGCCAAGGAGCUUCAUUUGCUGGGGACGCAAGUAAAAAGUACCAGGGAGAACUGCAAAGUGGUUUCCAGCCCAGUCACUCUGCACACAACUUGAGACCGAAAUGGCAGCAUGAUAAUUGCCCAGUUUCACAAGUUGCCAAGCAGCUGACAACAAAUGUGUCCUACAUGGCACAGUUCCUAAAAAGGAAGGGACCAGUCACGACCAAAGAACAACUAAUUGAUUGUGCUAGACAAAUAAUUUCUGGAGGACAUGUCUUGAUGAAUUUUGCCACCAUUAUCGCGAAAAACUGCCUGGAUAAAAGAUGUGCGUCUGAAUUGCUGUAUGCUAUGGAGCAAACCAAGACCGUUAGCUAUCAGCUUAGCAUAAUUUCCAGGUAACUGCCUUGGAAAGUUACUUGUAAGAAAGGACAUGA